CCAUUGUGGGCCCGCCGUGGCCGCGUGCCGGCCGUCCUGGCGCGGAGGAAGGCGGGGCCCGCGGGGGCCGGGCUCUGCCCGGGGGGCACCCCCUGGACCGAUUAUGGGAGCAAGUCUGAGAACAAGGAAUCCACUCCAGAAGACGACGUUGGGGAAGAGGUCCUGGCCUGUGCACUUGGACAGGAAGUGCUUGGGGAGGAUGCAGGAUCCCUGGAAACGACAGAAGAAACCCUUGGCACUUCUCACGUCAGCUCUUCGCUACAAGAUCUGCCUGCUGCAGAAUGCCCUGCCAUUCCUCAAGAGGGGAGCCCUGGAGACCGAACAAUGGAAACUGCGGUUCAGGGAGCCAGGGCAGAGGAACUGGAGACGUUUGAGGAUGCCGCGAUACCCUUGGCCCGCAGGGAGAGGGGACAUUUGGUCCCGGCUCGGUGCAACAUGCACUGGGGAAUGAUGCUGGGAAAUUAUAGGAAACGUUCCUCGCUGAGACGUUCAAUUGCUAGACCUAAUUUGAUCUCCCAACUGAAAGAGGAAGACCCGUGUAACCUGGAUAUGCGGGAAGCGGAGGAAAGCGAGACCCGGAGAGACGCCUUCAUAGAUUGCGAGCCUGGAACUGAGCCCGGGGAGUCAGUUUCCCCGAAGCCAGACAUUUUCGAGGAUGCUGAUUCGUCUAGAGCGUUACUGCUCAAACUCCCCCCAAAUAGCGUCAUGGUCUCUAUGGAUGAGAAUACAUCGGAAAAUGAGGACGGGAAUAUCAGGGAAGCCCACGAGUCCUACGAGUGCGAUAAAACCUUCAAGUGGGGGUCGUACGUGGUCGACCCUCAACAGAUCAACCCCGAAGAGAAGCCCUACAAAUGCGGCGAGUGCGGGAAAGCGUUCAAUCACCCGUCAGCCCUGGUUAAACACCAGAGGAUUCACACCGGAGAGAAGCCCUUCCAGUGUAACGAAUGUGAAAAGGCCUUCAGUCGCCAUUCGACGCUCAUCGUACAUCAGCGAAUGCACACCGGAGAGAAGCCCUACCAGUGCAACGAAUGCGGGAAAGCCUUCAGUCACCACUCGACCCUCAUCAGACACCAGAGGAUCCAUACCGGAGAGAAGCCCUACCAGUGUAACGACUGUGGAAAAGCCUUCAGCGACCACUCCAAUCUCAUUAAUCACCAGAGGAUCCACACCGGCGAGAAACCCUAUCAGUGCAAUGAGUGCGGAAAGGCUUUCAGUCAGCUCUCGGCCCUCAUCGAACAUCAGCGGAUGCACACCGGGGAGAAGCCCUACCAGUGUAACGAAUGCGGGAAGGCCUUCAGCCGCCACUCGACCCUCAUCGUGCAUCAGAGGAUUCACACCGGAGAGAAGCCCUACCAGUGCAGCGAAUGCGGGAAAGCCUUUAGUCACCACUCAACCCUUAUAAUCCAUCAGAGAAUUCAUACCGAGGAAAAGCCCUACCAGUGUAAUGACUGUGGGAAGGCCUUCAGUGACCAUUCGAAUCUUAUUAAUCAUCAGAGGAUUCAUACCGGAGAAAAACCCUAUCAGUGCAAUGAAUGCGGAAGAGCCUUCAGUCAAAUCUCGGCCCUUUUCGAACAUCAGAGAAUGCAUACCGGGGAGAAGCCCUACCAGUGUAACGAAUGCGGAAAGGCUUUCAGUCGGCGUUCGACCCUCAUCCGACAUCAGAGGAUCCACGCCGAAGGGAAGCCGUACAGACGCAACGACCGCGGGAAGGCUUUCGGUCAGCAGGCCAGCCUUCUUGACCAUCAGAGAAUUCAGACCGGAGAGAACCCCUACCAGUGUAACGAAUGCGGAAAAGCCUUCAGUCAACUCUCGGCCCUUAUUAUACAUCAGAGAAUUCACACCGAAGAGAAACCCUUCAAAUGCAACGACGGAGGAAACGCCUUUAAUCUGCACUCGGCCCUCAUCGGGCAUCAGAGGAUUCAUACUGGAGAUAAGCCCUACCAGUGUAAUGAAUGCGGGAAGGCUUUCAGUCAGUACUCGGCCCUCAUUAAACAUCAGAGAACCCACACCGGAGAGAAGCCCUACAAAUGCAAUGAGUGCGGGAAGGCCUUCAGUCACCUCUCGACCCUUAUCAAACACCACAGGAUUCACGCCGGAGAGAAGUCACACAAAUGUCAUUAAUGCGGGAGACUUCAGGGAGCGUUCGACCCUUGACCAUCAGAGGAUCCGUGUCGGAGAAGAACCCUACAAAUGUGAUGAUGAACGCGAAGCGCCUUCUUGAACCGCCCAACCCUUUAGCGAACCGUAGUGAAUCUGAAAUGGAAAAGAAACCCCGCACGUGGAGUGACCGUGUGAGAGUUGUCAGUUUAAGUGCUCCGUCCUUGGUCGUCGUCACGAUGGACGGAAGCGCCGGUCCAGACUCGGAGCUUCCCGGCCCUCGCCCCCGAGAGGAUACUCGGCCAGCCACGCCGAGCGUCCUCGGAGCCGGGCCGGCGGCCCCCCCGCGCGGCCGUGUCGGAAACUCUCGGACCCUCCGUGUCGUGACUGGUUUUGAGCCGCUCCCUGUCUGAGGGCUCGGAGUAAAAGCAGGAGAGCCACCUGAAGCUUAGGGGAGCGGGGUGAGAGCGGGGAGGCGGGGGAGGCGUUUCUCCUCACACCUUCCCCGGCCCCCAAGCCCCUGCACUUAAUCGUUCGUGUCGUAGUUUCCGGCGAUAUUUAAUUUUUUCUCUUUUUUUGGGGUCCUUCGGAUUAGCGGUAGAGCGAUUGAUGGCAAACCCCACUCGCCGCGAGAGUAUAGCCGAUCCCUCCUAGUUCACAGCUUACCCCGACGUUAGCGAAUUAGAAGUGAAACGAAGCCAUCCGAACGUAACGAAUGUGACCCGUUCCGCUCGAGAUUAUGCAAGUGGUUCAUCCAGUCCAAGGUUCUCUCUCAGACGGAGGCGGAGGAGGAGUGAGAGGAGCGCAGCGGGGUGCCUCGCGCCGACCCGCCUUCCACCGGGCUGGGGGCUGCCGCCUGACGUCCUGAACUCUCACCGAAGUGAUCCGCUGCCGACCCCGUGUCUCCGCGUACCACCGGACUCCUCUUGAAGCUACUGAUGAUUUUGGUCUGCACUACUCUCCCUGGUAGCAUUUUGUAUCUCACUGCCUGCUACGAGAAGAAACUUAUUUUCGAUUGUGUCGAAUCUAUCCACUGGAUGCCCGUUAGAUUCUGUUGUAGUGGGAUGGAGUGAACAACAAUUCCAGGUGUCACCUUUCAGCCUUACUCUUGUCACAGUGAUGACUCCUAACUUUUUUUUUUUCCUCUAAGAGACAUCCGCACCAAAAAGAUAACCCUCACUUAGAACCCGAAACCUAUUAAGUAGAAGAGAAUUCAUGCUGAAGAGAGACUGUGCAUGCGAUGAAGGUGGGAAACCUUCCCCGCCCCCCGCCCCAGAGCAGACCUAACCAGCCGUCAGAACCUCAGAGAAGGCCUCCUCGAUUAGGAAUUCUCUCAAAGCUCGAUCUCCCUGUCUUCAAAGAACCUAAUUUCGUUGUAAGUGGACCGCGGGAUGCUACUCUCCCAUCAGGGAGGGACGGGAGACCAGACUUCCGAUGGCCCUUUGGAAAUCGGGCGGCGGAGCGGGACCGUGCCGUCGGGCACCGGGAUUCGGGUGUGUCACUCGUUCAGCCGGUGGCGGGUCGAAGUGACGUGGGCCUCACACUACCCAGAAGCUAGCUUUCCCGGUGGAGAGCGAGUUGUUUACCCCCAUAAGCUAUCGUCGAAAUGUCAGGGCGGGGUUCCGCACGCCCCACUCGGGACGACUGAAGGCGGAUGAUGGGCAACGGGCACCCGAGCUGCUGCUGCUGCUGCUGCUGCUGCUGCUGCUGAACGUUGAGCACGGGUGGAAUGACCGCGGGCGGGUUUGUCGGAAGAGGGAAUCCGAGCCGUACGGAAGCGUGACUUGGGCUGAGGCCGCGGAGGUGAGGGCCGUUGAGGGGAGGAGGCGGCAACGGAGAAACCUGCCAGGCGGCCGCCCAGACCCAUCCCCGCUGCUUCAGUUGUGAUUUUGAAGACAUCCAAGAUCUCCUCUUGGGAGUACCUUUCCUCGACUUCCGUCGCUCCCUGCUGCCAGUCCUGUCUAAAGUCCUCGAACCUCUGGCCGCCUGCCCGCUGGCUCCCGUCUCCUCGCUCGCUUGCCCUCUCAUUUGACUUCUGUGCUUAUUACUCCGGCGAAUCUGCUCCGACGGUGUCACCGGCUACUCUCGAGAGACGUUUCCUUCCCGAACACUGGAUCUCACCUGUCUCCGAUACUGUCCGCCGCCACCCGCCCUGCGCUGGAACUCUUCCUGACCUUAGUUUCGGGGAUGUCGCCCUCUCCCAGCUCUCGGACGUCUUUCCCGCGCUGUCCCCGGGUCGCCUCCCUCUCCCCGUCCCCGACGACGAUCCUCGAUGGCUCGCGGCCUCUCUCCCUCUCUUCCUCCUCACCGACGAUUCCGCGUUUCCGUCUCUGAACUCCGACCCUCUCUUUCCCCGUCUUGCCGAAGCUCCACCUAGUUCUCUAGUUUCCGUCCCCGUCCCCUAGACGCGCUCCGACUCCCUCCGUCCCCCGGAGGCUCACGCCGUCCCCCUGCCCUCGGGGCACCCGGGCCCGCGGCCCGGGCGAGAGGUGGCCGCUUCUCCCGCGCCAUCCGGGAUUCCCGUCGUGCCUUGCUCCGGCCGGGGAGGGCGAGGACACGGCGGUAGCGUGAAGCCCAGCGCCGCCCGCUUCCCUACCGUCGGAGCGCUGAGGCUCGUCGUCACCCAGGCCUCCCGGCGUGCCCCGCCCCAGCCGGCCGGGUGGAGGACUCGGCCCGCGGAAGGUGACCUUUUCCGACUCCCCGUGCGCCGGGGAGGCUGUGACUGUGUGGGAUUCCGAACAGUCCUGCCUGGGGGCAGUGAGGAGCCCGAGACACUCUUAGCUGCAGUUCUGAAUUAUUCUUACUGUAUUUAUCGUUUUCUUUUUCACGUUCUUUCUCUUCAUCAGUUUGAUCGCUCCCUGUGUGUCAUCUGCCGAGCCCUACUCCCCUUAGUAGAUUGUGAGCCCCCCCCCCGGGGGGCCGGUGGCCACGUCUCCUUUUCCUCCUCGUGUAUUUUCCUAAAUGCUUAGUACAGUGCUUUGCACACAGGUGCUCAAUAAAGACUAUUGAAUGAAUGAAUGAAUGAAUACCUCAUGUUCCUAAUCUUUCAUCUUUUGAUUUAGCCCUCUGACACUACUUUAUCCAAUCUGUUGCCAAGCUUCCCAGUUCUUUCAGAUACGUGCCCCGGCCCCAAAUAACCCGACGGUGAGGGCCUCUCUCCUGUUCUCUCAGCCUUCGGCCUCUCUCCCCUGUCUAGUUUGUGGUGCGCAUCUCUCCGAGAGCUGUCUUCAACCCCCCCCCCCCCCACCCCCCCCCCCGGUAUGAGUUUUUUCACCCCGCCCUGCUGCCCUUUUCUGGUCCGCGCCGGUGGGGCGACCCCGUUCGCUCUGGGCUACACACGGAACUCAUUUCUUCUCACCGUCGUUGGUUCCCUCUCCCCACCCCCGGCCCAAGGGACCCUCCUGUCACCCAGGGUCCGCCUGGUCCCUGCCGCUGUGGCCAGCAGACCCGUCGGUGGCCAGGACAGUGAAGAAGCCUGCCCAGAUUACGGGCGGGUCCUGUCCGCCGUCUUUGAAAGGGAACGGGUGAAGAUUUGGUAUUAGGUUGGAUAAAAUGUUUCAAUAAAAUUUAAAAAAAAAAAAAAAACAAAAAAACCCCACCCUAGCACUCUUUUGUUUCCAUAGUUUUAAAAGGAAUUCUAUGUCUGUGAAAUGAAAAUGACCAAAGAAACAACGAGAAGGUGAUCAGUCGUAUUUACGGAGCUAUGUACGAUGUCGAUAAAUUAAGUAUAAUUGAGUUCGUAUCCUACUUAUGUACCGAUUAUUAAACACUUUGACUUUAA